AUGAGUGUGUGCAUGUAAGUGUGUGUGUGUGUGAAUAUUAUGGGAUGCCUGCCCCCUGAUCUCUUUGUGUGUGCGCGCGCGAGGAAGAGAAAGAGGAGAAGGCGUCGUGCGCACACGCUACCACCAAAAAACACAAACAUAUUUAAAUGAAUGCGCACCGUUGAGACAAAACCCGCUUUUAAACGUUAAAUCGCUGGCAAACUGCGCGUGGAGUUACCGGUUUUUGGAGCGAUUCGGAGUCAAGUUGUGAGCUGAACUCUGGAUUAUCUCAAAAUAAUAACUUUUAUCUAUAGCUAGCUAAAGUGCUAGCUAACUAAAAAAGAAAGUUUCCCGCUGUCCGCUAUGUCUGGAAGUGAAGAUGACAGAGAAGACUACGGAGUCGCCGACGACCGCCUAAUGCACGAUGAAGAGGAAGAGGAGAUCUCGGAGAAUGAGUCGCCGAAGGUGAAGAAAAAGAAGAAGAAGGCAAAGAAGAGCAGAGAGAGCAAAGGCAGCAAGAGGCGGUCACGCAGAGAGGAGCUACCUGUCAGCUCACCUGAGCCCAUGGACAUUGGUGGAGUAGAAGAUGUAGAAGAUGUUUGCUCUGCCCAGCGCUCCGAGAGCGAGGGCAGCGACUACACUCCAGGACGCAAGAAGAAGAAGAAAGCCAGCAGCGGCAAAGACAAGAAAAGAAACAGCGCCGGGGUUGAGAGAAGCUCUUCCAAAAGGAAAGAACCGGAGCCGGAGGAAGAUGAGGAGGACGACGACGAUGAUUCCUCGGAGCCAAAGUCUUCGUCUCAGCUGCUGGACGACUGGGGCAUGGAGGAUAUCGACCACAUCUUCACCGAGGAAGACUAUCGCUCUCUGACCAACUACAAGGCUUUCAGCCAGUUUGUCAGACCACUUAUCGCAGCCAAGAACCCCAAGAUCGCUGUGUCAAAGAUGAUGAUGGUUCUUGGUGCAAAGUGGCGUGAGUUCAGCACCAACAACCCCCUGAGAGGAGCGGCUGCUGCUAACGCUGCGCUAGCCACCGCCAACGUACCGGCUGCUGUCGACAGCAUGGUGGCAGAGGUUGUCCCCGUAGCAGCUCCGGCACCACCGGUCCCUGCAGAGCCUCUGCAGACCCCUGCACCACCUAUUCGCAAGGCCAAGACCAAGGAAGGCAAAGGACCCAACGCUCGCAAGAAGUCCAAACCUGCUCCCAAGCCACAAGAGAAGAAGAAUAACGUCAAAACUAAGAAGGUCGCUCCUUUAAAAAUCAAACUGGGAGGCUUCAACAGCAAGAGGAAACGCUCAUCGAGCGAAGAGGACGAGCCCGACGUCGACAGCGACUUUGAGAACGGCAGCAUCCACAGCGUCUCCGUGUCGGAGAGUUCAAACAGCCGCAGCAGCCGCAGCAAGAAGAAGCCCUCCAAGAACAAACCCAAAAAGAAAAAGGAAGCAGAAGAUGGUGACGGAUACGAGACGGACCACCAGGACUACUGUGAGGUCUGCCAGCAGGGUGGGGAGAUCAUCCUGUGCGACACCUGCCCCAGGGCGUACCACAUGGUCUGCCUGGACCCCGACAUGGAGAAGGCGCCUGAGGGCACCUGGAGCUGCCCGCACUGCGAGAAGGAGGGCAUCCAGUGGGAAGCCCGAGAAGACGCGUCCGAGGGAGAGGAGGACAACGGCGAGGCGGGCGAGAUGGAGGAGGACGACCACCACAUGGAGUUCUGCAGAGUUUGUAAAGACGGAGGAGAGCUCCUCUGCUGCGACUCGUGUCCCUCGUCAUACCACAUCCACUGCCUCAACCCGCCGCUCCCAGAGAUCCCCAACGGAGAGUGGAUCUGCCCCCGCUGCACGUGUCCACCUCUAACGAGGAAGGUACAGAAGAUCUUAACGUGGCGAUGGGGAGACCCUCCUCCUCCAACACCUGUGCCCCGCCCCCCAGACCUCCCGGCUGAUGAGCCUGACCCCCCUCCACUGGCAGGACGGUCUGAGAGGGAGUUCUUUGCCAAAUGGUCCAACCUGUCCUACUGGCAUUGCUCCUGGGUCACAGAGCUGCAGCUGGAGAUUUACUGCCAGGUGAUGUUCAGGAACUACCAGAGGAAGAACGACAUGGACGAGCCGCCGCCCAUCGACUUCUUAGAUGGAGAGGAGGACAAGUUCUUGAAGAGGAAACACAAGGAUCCCAUGUAUGCUCAGCUGGAGGAGAAGUACCUCCGCUUUGGAAUCAAGAUGGAGUGGCUGUUGAUCCACCGCAUCCUGAACCACAGUGUGGACAGGAAGAACAACGUCCACUAUCUGAUCAAGUGGCGAGAGCUGCCGUACGACCAGGCGACCUGGGAGUUCGAGGACAUGGACAUACCCGAGUUUGACCCGUACAAGCAGCAGUACUGGAACCACAGGGAGCUGAUAAUGGGAGACGACGGCAGGCCAGGGAAGAAGCUCAAGGUGAAGGCAAGGGGGGUGAAGCGGCCGGAGAGACCUCCCGAGAACCCGGUGGUGGAUCCGACCAUUAAAUUUGAUCGUCAGCCGGACUACCUGGACAGCACAGGGGGGACCCUGCACCCCUACCAGCUGGAGGGUCUUAACUGGCUGCGGUUCUCCUGGGCUCAGGGCACCGACACCAUCCUGGCUGAUGAGAUGGGUUUGGGAAAGACGGUCCAGACGGCUGUUUUCCUCUACUCGCUGUAUAAAGAGGGCCACUCCAAGGGGCCGUUUCUGGUCAGCGCUCCUCUGUCCACCAUCAUUAACUGGGAGCGGGAGUUUGAGAUGUGGGCUCCCGACAUGUACGUGGUGACGUACGUCGGUGACAAAGACAGCCGAGCCAUCAUCAGGGAGAACGAGUUCUCCUUUGAGGACAACGCCAUCCGAGCAGGGAAGAGGGCGUCCAGGAUGAAGAAAGACUCGUCUAUCAAGUUCCACGUUCUGCUGACGUCGUACGAGCUGAUCACCAUCGACAUGGCCGCCCUGGGUUCUAUAGACUGGGCAUGCCUGGUGGUGGACGAGGCCCACAGGCUGAAGAACAACCAGUCCAAGUUUUUCCGGGUGUUGAACAACUACCCUCUGCAGCACAAACUGCUGCUGACUGGAACGCCUCUGCAGAACAACCUGGAGGAGCUUUUCCACCUGCUCAACUUCCUCACGCCCGAGAGGUUCAGCAAAUUGGAGGUUUUCCUGGAGGAGUUUGCUGAUAUCGCAAAAGAAGACCAGAUCAAGAAGCUGCACGACAUGCUGGGUCCGCACAUGCUCAGAAGGUUGAAGGCCGACGUCUUUAAACACAUGCCGUCCAAGACCGAGCUCAUCGUUCGAGUGGAGCUCAGCCCCAUGCAGAAGAAAUACUACAAAUUCAUCUUGACGAGAAACUUUGAGGCCCUCAACACAAAAGGAGGUGGAAACCAGGUUUCACUGCUGAACGUCGUCAUGGACCUCAAGAAGUGCUGCAACCACCCCUACCUGUUCCCUGGAGCCGCCAUGGAAGCUCCCAAGAUGCCCAACGGGAUGUACGAUGGGAACGCUCUCACAAAGUCUUCUGGGAAGCUGCUGUUGCUGCAGAAGAUGAUGAGGAAGCUGAAGGAGGGAGGACACCGAGUGCUGAUUUUCUCUCAGAUGACCAAAAUGUUGGAUCUGCUGGAGGACUUCCUUGAGAACGAGGGGUACAAAUAUGAGAGGAUUGAUGGAGGGAUCACUGGAGGGAUGAGACAAGAAGCUAUCGAUCGUUUUAACGCUCCGGGUGCUCAGCAGUUUGCCUUCUUGCUCUCGACGAGAGCUGGAGGUUUGGGCAUCAAUCUGGCCACAGCCGACACGGUCAUCAUUUAUGACUCUGACUGGAAUCCUCACAACGACAUCCAGGCCUUCAGCAGAGCUCAUCGUAUCGGUCAAAACAGAAAAGUCAUGAUCUACCGGUUCGUCACUAAGGCCUCAGUGGAGGAGAGGAUUACUCAGGUUGCCAAAAAGAAGAUGAUGCUCACUCACCUGGUGGUCCGACCUGGUCUCGGAUCCAAGACCGGCUCCAUGUCCAAACAGGAGCUGGACGACAUUCUCAAGUUUGGAACUGAGGCGCUCUUUAAGGACGAGGGAGAAGGUGAGAACAAGGAGGAGGACAGCAGCAUCAUUCACUACGACGACAAAGCCAUCGACCGACUGCUGGACAGGAACCAGGACGCCACAGACGACACGGAGCUGCAGAGCAUGAACGAGUACCUGAGCUCCUUCAAAGUUGCCCAGUAUGUGGUGAAAGACGAGGAGGAGGAGGAGGAAGAGGUGCAGCGGGAGAUCAUCAAGCAGGAGGAGAGCGUCGAUCCCGAUUACUGGGAGAAGCUGCUGCGGCACCAUUACGAGCAGCAACAGGAGGAUCUGGCCCGAAACCUGGGCAAAGGAAAACGGAUCCGCAAGCAGGUCAACUACAACGACGGCUCGCAGGAAGACAGAGCUGAUUGGCAGGACGACCAAUCAGACGGCCAAUCGGAUUACUCCGUGGCUUCUGAGGAGGCUGACGAGGACUUCGACGAGAGAUCAGAAGCCAACUCUCGCAGGCCGAACAGGAAGGGCCUGAGGAAUGACAAAGACAAACCACUGCCCCCCCUGCUGGCCAGGGUGGGAGGCAACAUUGAGGUGUUGGGUUUCAACUCUCGGCAGAGGAAGGCCUUCCUGAAUGCAGUGAUGCGUUAUGGGAUGCCUCCCCAGGAUGCCUUCACCACCCAGUGGCUGGUCCGGGACCUGCGAGGCAAAUCAGAGAAAGAGUUCAAGGCCUAUGUCUCCUUGUUCAUGCGUCACCUGUGUGAACCUGGAGCGGACGGCGCCGAAACCUUCGCAGACGGCGUCCCCAGAGAAGGGUUGUCACGGCAACAUGUCCUCACGCGCAUCGGCGUUAUGUCACUUAUACGUAAAAAGGUCCAGGAGUUCGAACAUGUGAACGGUCAGUGGUCGAUGCCCUGGAUGGCCGACCUGGAGGAGAACAAGAGGAAUGCAGUUCAGCCUGACUCACCUGGGAAAACCCCGUCCACUGGGACCCCCGCGGACACGCAACCCAACACCCCCGCCCCAGCCGAUGACUCUUCAAAGAAUGACGAGGCGUCGAAGGACGGAGAGAAGGAGUUGAAGAAGGAGGCCGAGGCCGAGAAGAACGGCAGGGAACCGAUCAAAGCCAACAACGAGGUCAUCGCCAUCCUGGACGAUGACGAGAAGACUCCGCCCACCAAGCAGGAGAAGACGAACGGGGAGGAGGCGAUGGACACGGACAAAACGAGCAACGGGGUGACGGAGAGCAUGAAGGAGAAGGAUGGCGAGAAGGAGGGAGAAAACGAGAAGAGUUCAGAGGGAGGAGACGAAAGCAAACCACCGUCGGAGACAAAGACGGAGGGGUCAGAGGUCAAACCUGAGGACUCCGAGGUCAAAGCAGAGGAAAAGAAGGAAGAUAAAACGGAAAAGAUGGACACGACUCCUGCUGCAGAUGAAAAGAAAGACCUGAAGGAGGACAAAGAUGCUCUGAAACCAGAGGAGGCGACCAAACUUCAGAACGGCGACGGCACCAAAGAGAGCUUGGCGUCGGCAGCGGCCUCCACGGGGAGCAGCGUCAGCGAGGAGAAGAAAAAGGCGAAAACACGAUUCAUGUUCAACAUCGCAGACGGAGGAUUCACAGAGCUCCACUCUUUGUGGCAGAACGAGGAGCGAGCCGCCACAGUUACCAAAAAAACCAACGAGAUCUGGCACCGCCGCCACGACUACUGGCUGCUGGCUGGUAUCAUACAACACGGUUACGCUCGCUGGCAGGACAUCCAGAACGACGUGAGGUUCGCCAUUCUCAACGAGCCUUUUAAAGGAGAGAUGAACAGGGGCAACUUCCUGGAAAUCAAGAACAAGUUCCUGGCCCGGAGAUUUAAGUUGUUGGAGCAAGCGUUGGUGAUCGAGGAGCAGCUGCGUCGUGCCGCCUACCUCAACAUGUCUGAGGACCCCUCCCACCCCUCCAUGGCUCUGAACACCCGCUUCAGUGAGGUGGAGUGUCUGGCAGAGUCCCACCAGCAUCUCAGCAAGGAGUCUAUGUCCGGGAACAAACCGGCCAACGCCGUCUUGCACAAAGUGCUGAAGCAGCUGGAAGAGCUGCUGAGUGACAUGAAGGCAGAUGUGACCCGCCUCCCGGCAACCAUCGCUCGGAUACCGCCGGUGGCCGUGAGACUCCAGAUGUCUGAGAGGAACAUCCUGAGCCGCCUAGCGAGCCGAGGGACGGACACUCAGGCACAGACACAGCAGAUGUCGCAGCAGUAGACUGAAAAUCGUCUCUAACUUCAGAAACCACCCCCUGCCUCACGUCAACAUUCCUGAUUGGUGCACAGCAGAAUGACGGACAGCGCGUCCAAAGCUCGAAGCCACGCCCCCGUCCACUUCUCACCUCAGACGGACUUUACAGAAAUGUUUUCAGGAGGAUCCAAACGCUCCGGUUCCCCCAACAAAAUGAGGCCGUGGACAGAAACGCGUUUUUUUAUUUUUUCUCCCCGUUUUUUUUUUUCAAUUUCUGUAUUAAUAUUAUUGAUAUAAUGUUAUUAUGAUGUUUUUUUU